AUGGCCAUACCCUCAUUUUCAGAUUCUGACCUGGAUAUCUUCGUAGCUUUAUUAGAAGAGCGGGCAGAGACCUUAUUCACGAAGGUUGACAACACCAUCACUGUAUCGUACAAGAGGCAGGCUUGGAAGGAUCUCUGCGAAGCUUUGAACACAAAGACUGGGAAGCAAUUGAAAUCUGAUGUAAUAAAAAAACGGUGGGAUAAUUUGAAGACGGCGACGAAGAAUUACUAUGCCGCCUUGGCGGAAGAUAGGACUGCGACUGGCGGAGGGCCUCCGACGGUGCCAGUUGAUCCGAGGCUGGAGCGCGUGAGGCAUAUUAUGGGAUUGGAUAACCCCAUGCUAGCUAUAUUGCCGGGAGCAAGGGAUAGCGUAACAGCUCCCGCGGAUGGAUCGAGCAAUGACCAGUGUCAUGAUGAGACGAGAGAUAGCGGCGGAGAUUUGCAAACGUAUGUUGGUGAAGGAGAUGAGAUGGCUGACCGUAUCGUAGCAGCGGUUGAUGCUGCUGCCGUACAAGAUCCGCCCGACUCUACUAUGAGCGUGGGGGUCUCCUUCCGAGCUGAUGCAGAAGCAGAAGCUGCUAGGUCAGGGGCUGCAGAAGCGGCGGCCACAGCUUCGGGGACGCCCGGUGUGGAUAGGAGGCAGGCAAGGGUGGGAGAAGCUAUCAUUUUGCCGGCACUUCAAUCAUCUUCGUCGAAGGGAAUGCGGAAAGAUACGUCAUAUCCGAUGUCGAAGAUGACACCGUUUGCUGACAGUGUGUCCACUCCUACAGCAGCAUUAAUCCGGAAAAUCCAAGACCAGCGUUCUAAGAUCGAAGCUGAGCAUAUAGCUAAGAUACGACUGCUCACUGCUCAAGAAAGGGAAGUUAUCGCAGGACAGAAUGCCCGAAGAGCCGAAGAAGAAGCCGCGCGUGCGAAGGAGCAGUAUUACCGAGCAAAAUUGGCUCGUCUUCAAUAA